UGACAGGCCCUUCCUCCUCCUCCUCUUCCUCCGCCCCUCCUUCCUCGCCUCUUAACGGGUCUCCUCUCCGGUGGUCUCCUGGUUUUGGACUCAGCCCGUCUCGGAGACAUGUUGCUGCAGAAACUGGCCGUCUGGAUCCUGUCGGUCCUGUGUGGUUCUGACCUGUGUUGGGGGUUCGUCUUCGGUCGGCUCAAACGCUCGGGAGAGGACGGGACUUCAUCCAGAACCGAAUCUCGCUCUGCGCCUCAGUACGUGGCGACGUCCGGCUCCUGCAGGAACAGAUGUUUUGAGCUGGUGGAGGCGGAGCCACCCAACUGUCGCUGUGACAACCUGUGUAAGACCUACAACGGCUGCUGCUCUGACUUCGACCAGCUCUGCCUCAGGACCGAUGGAGGUUAUGAGUGCAGUAAGGAUCGUUGUGGGGAAACUCGACACGAACAUCAUGCCUGUCACUGUUCUGAGGACUGCAUGGCCAGAGGAGACUGCUGCACCAACUACAGGAAGCUUUGCAAAGGAGACACCUCCUGGCUGCAGGAUGAAUGUGAGGAGCUGAAGACCCCUGAAUGUCCUGCUGGAUUUGUGCGUCCUCCGCUCAUCAUUUUAUCCGUGGAUGGAUUUAGAGCUUCUUACAUGAAAAGGGGGAACGGUGUCAUUCCAAACAUGGAGAAGCUCAAAACAUGUGGAACCCAUGCCCCUUACAUGAGGCCUGUUUAUCCCUCCAAAACCUUCCCCAACCUCUACUCACUGGCCACAGGCCUGUAUCCAGAAUCUCACGGGAUCAUUGGAAACUCCAUGUAUGACCCGGUGUUUGAUGCAACAUUCAACCUGAGGAGUAGAGAAAAACUGAAUCACCGCUGGUGGGGAGGACAGCCUAUCUGGAUCACAGCACUCAAACAGGGAGUGAAGGCUGCUUCCUUCUUCUGGCCUGUCACCAUCCCGUUGGAGAGGAGGAUUCUGACCAUGCUGCAGUGGCUCCACCUCCCCGAAGGAGAGAGACCCUACGUGUACGCCAUGCACUCUGAACAACCAGACACGUACGGACACAAAAUGGGUCCCAUGAGCGCAGACCUAAACAACCCUCUGAGGGUGAUUGACAGAAUCGUCGGCCAGCUGAUGGACGGACUGAAGCAGAUGAAGCUGCAUCGAUGCGUCAACAUCAUACUGGUGGGAGAUCACGGUAUGGAGGAGGCCCACUGUGAUCGUACCGAGUUCCUCAGUAACUAUCUGACCAGUGUGGAUGAUAUCGUCCUUGUUCCCGGGUCCCUUGGCAGGAUCCGCUCCAGAUACCCCAACAACCCAAAAUAUGACCCAAAGAUUGUUGCAGCUAAUCUAACAUGUAAGAAAGCGGAGCAGCACUUCAAACCUUAUCUGAAGCAGCACCUGCCAAAGAGACUGCACUAUGCCAACAAUCGGCGUAUUGAAGAGAUUCACCUGCUGGUGGACAGGAAGUGGCAUGUUGCCAGGAAAGUUCCUGAGGGGAGGCGGCACUGCGGCUUCUCGGGGGACCAUGGAUACGACAAUAAGAUGAACAGCAUGCAGACUAUUUUUUUGGGCUACGGACCAUCGGUUAAAUCCAAGACUAAAGUUCCUGCCUUUGAAAACAUCGAGCUUUAUAACGUCAUGUGUGAUCUUCUGGGUCUGAAACCGGCCCCCAACAACGGCACCCAUGGCAGUCUGAACCAUCUGCUGAGAAGCCCCCCUUUCAGGCCUGCCAUGCCAGAGGAGGUUUCCAGACCAGCAGCCUCUGGUCUUGUUCCCAUGGUAACAGAUGACUUAGGCUGCAGCUGUGAUGAAAAGUUUCGUGUAAAAAGUAGGGGCCAGAGAGGUUUGAAAGUGACCCUUGUACGAGGCUAUAACCUGGAGUCACUCUGGCUCUGUCUCUUACAGAACAAAGUGGAGGAGCUAAACCAGCGAUUGAGGCAAGCUAUUGAUGACAGCAGGAACCUGCCGUAUGGUCGGCCUGCUGUCCUCUUCCGUACCAAAUACUGCAUCCUCCACCACAGUGACUACAUCAGUGGCUACAGUGAGACCCUGUCCAUGCCCCUCUGGACAUCGUACACCGUCAGCAGACAGGUUGAGUUGUCUCCACUUCCUGAAGGUCUGUCCAACUGUGUGAGACCAGAUACCAGAGUCCCUCCAGCCUACAGUCAGUCCUGUACCAACUACAGAGCAGACCGACACAUAACGUACGCCUUCCUGUACCCACCACAGUUGUCCUCCAACCUUGACAAAAAACACGAAGCUGUCCUCAUCACAAACACAGUUCCCAUGUAUCCUGCCUUUAAAAGAAUAUGGGCUUACUUCCAGAGAGCGCUGGUGAAGAAAUACGCCACUGAGAGAAAUGGAGUUAAUGUUCUCACUGGACCCAUGUUUGACCACGACUACAACGGAGUCCGAGACUCAGCUGAGAAGAUAAAAGAGUACAUGAGUGGGACCAUCCCCAUUCCCACCCACUACUUUGUGGUCCUGACCAGCUGCUUGGACUUCACUCAGGCUGCAGACUUGUGCAGCGGCCCGCUCAGCAGUGCCGCCUUCAUUCUGCCACACCGACCCAACAAUGAUGAGACUUGCAACAGCUCAGAGGACGAGUCCCGCUGGGUGGAAGACCUAAUGAAGAUGCACACAGCUAGGGUCAGAGACGUGGAAAUUCUGACCGGCCUGGACCUGUACCGCAGAACCACCAGGAGCUAUGCUGAAAUCCUCUCCCUCAAGACCUACAUGCACACCUAUGAGAGCGAGAUCUGAGCUAUCUGUGCAUCCAUGUUGCUGAGCUUCCUCCAGCCGUGGUGAAUGAUGUGGUAGCACCAUGUGGUUCUGCAUGGACCUGCAGCUCUGCAGCAUCUUUCCCUUCCUCUAAUUUCCUCUGCUUUAAAACAGCUGAAAGACCACCAAGCUCCCAGCAAAAUCUGUAUCUUUACAGUGUCUGAGACCCAAAACUGCCCAUCCAUCCUACCUUCAGUCAGUCCGUCUAUCCAUCUGUCCGUCCGUUUAUCAGUUCAGAGCCCAUCAGAGAAAUAUUAGCUCAGCUAACACGCUACAGUGUAUCAUGUGACCGCCUUUAUCAUGUGAGGCUUCCUAUGAAUGGAACAGCAUCAGGAGGGCAAAAUGUGCCCUCUGCUCUGUGUUGUUGUGUCCAGUAUGUUUAUGUGCACACCAAACAUCUGAUCAUCAUCUGAUUUGUCUCACAUUAGCAGCUAAUGCUAAGACUGCGGGAUCCCACAUUAGCAGCUAGCGCUAAGAACGCAGGCACCGUCAUGUUCAACAAAGACUUGAUGUUUUAAAACAGGAAGUUAUGUUGCUUUCUUACGUAAGAAAUCCAAUAAUGGGACUUUGGAUUUUGAUGGCCAUGAAAAUGGUCUCAGUGGUCUCAGUUUAACCUCCUUCAGCUGACCUGAUGGAGCAGCAGCUGGCUCGGGGGUCUGGAUGGGACUACCAUCUGCAGCAGCACCAGAUUUUCUUGUUUUGGUUUUCUGUCAGGUUGAAGCCAUUCGGUCAGGAAGACCAAAACCAUCUGACAUGACAUGAACCUGUGGUUUUUCUUUAGAGUUUUAUAGUUUAUAUUUGUAUUUCCAUCACUUUCAUGUAAUAUUUUUUAUGAAAAACAUCAAGUUCUGCUCAUCUAGAAGAAUAUGAUGGAGUCUUAAAGAUGCUGCGAGUUAUAAGUAUGAAACAGAAAUGAAUGACUUGCACUACGGAGCCAUCAGCAGAUCCAUCUGGAUUCAGGUUUACUCCCCACUCGGUUCCACAUCCUGCACAGGUGUGUGUGUAUGUUGAAGUCUGUGUGUGUUUUUGAUGUGUGCACAAUAAUGUUGAUGAUGAAUGUUUUUCUUAAAAAACACCUGAGUCAUACAUACAAUAUUUAUGCUAUCUGUUCUUUAUAAUAAACGUGUUGUUUCUCCA